UGCCCCUCCCACCAUCCUUACUUCCGUCUGACUUCCAAUCGCUGCCGCGUUUUGGGGGUCGCUAGCCCCUUUUCCCUACUAUUUGUGCUUGCAGCAUUAACAACAAAAAAGGUCAGAAGAGAAUGUGUUGCAACAUGUUAGCCUACUACCAAUUAUUUUUCUGGCUUGGAAGCAAAAGGGCUCUCCAGAACCAAGAAACAGUAAUCCCGGGUCCUCCUUUUUCCGACUGCCUCAAACUUCUACCCAGCAACAGACGCCCUGACCUCGCCCUUUUUCUCUUAUUGGACAACUUGAAUCGUCAUUUGCCGUUCCGAUUGGUCAUCCGUGAUCGUCCGGAUUUUUCCAAUUGGCGAAGCCGCAAGGGAUUUUUUUUUUUUUUCCCCCGGGUUGGUCCGCUGGGGAGGCGGGGUCGUUUCUGCGGGAUUAUUUUUCCGGAGCUGCUUCUGAUUGGGCGGCGUGGCGCAAUGGGCGCGAUCCUUUAAGAUACCAAGCCAUCUGCAGAUCUGACCCUUACCUUACUCCCGCCAGUAAAUCGAAGCCCAGGAAACUUCCGGGCUUGGGCAUCUGCAAAGGGCGAGAAACUGGUCGCAGAGCCGGGUGGGCUUGCAGCUGUGACGUUUAUGGCGGACACUUCAGACUAGCUUGUACGUUGAGGUGCAUGCACCUCAUUUCACCUAGGCUUUCCAGUUUAUAGCACUGACGUCAAAAAUGUUGAAUUAGGAAGAAUAAAGAACUGGAAUUGCUGCAAGUCCUCUGGACUUUUUUUAGCAGUAGUCCCACCCACUCACUUCUACUUCCAGGUCAGGGGGCGUGUCCAGAAGAAAGGUGGAAUCCAAUUUGUCUGGCGUUGUCACGCCCGCCACAAUUCCUGAGUAGGGCCUUGCCUGGCUUUUUUGGGAAGUCUCUUUACCCCGGCAUCGCGUCUUUAGGAAGUCACUUAUAUUUGGCUUCAUUAUUCCCACAUCGCCUUUCUGCGUACUUUCCUGCACUUCUAACGAAAAAGACUGCAGAAAGGAGAGGUGGGGCUGUGAGUCGAAAUUAGCAAACCGCAGGUCCCUGUGGCGCGCAUCCUCCAGGAGAAGGGUAAUUUCCUGCCUUUUUAAAUUGGCUAUUAGAAUCCGUUAUUUUGCUCCCAACCCCAGAGCUUCAGUUUCUCCUUCACUUCCCAAUUCCACAAGAACCCUGGGCGAUAGUUAUGGAGAAGCGUCUGCAGGAGGCUCAGCUGUACAAGGAGGAAGGGAACCAACGCUACCGGGAAGGGAAGUACCGAGAUGCUGUGAGUAGGUAUCAUCGUGCUCUGCUUCAGCUGCGGGGUCUGGAUCCAACUCUGCCCUCUCCGAUACCUAAUCUCGGCCCUCAGGGCCCCGCCCUCACACCUGAACAAGAAAACGUACUGCAUACCACCCAGACAGACUGCUACAACAAUCUAGCUGCCUGUCUCCUUCAGAUGGAGCCAGUGAACUAUGAACGAGUGAGAGAAUAUAGUCAGAAAGUCCUGGAACGACAGCCUGAUAAUGCCAAGGCCUUGUAUCGGGCGGGAGUGGCCUUUUUCCAUCUACAGGACUAUGACCAGGCCCGGCACUACCUCCUGGCUGCCAUCAAUAGGCAGCCUAAAGAUGCCAACGUCCGGCGGUACCUCCAGCUAACACAGUCAGAACUCAGCAGCUACCAUAGAAAAGAGAAGCAACUCUACCUGGGCAUGUUUGGUUAACAAGGAAGAAAGAUGCUCCUCCACUUGAACUUAGGUGGGCCAUUAAACAUGCAUCAAGGAGAAACCUGAGCCUCAGCAAGAGAAAUUGACCCUAUACCUCCGACGCAUGUGGAUUUCUGUUUCUAGUUCUGCACAAACUUUACUACUUAGACAGUCUGAGUCCUUUUCUGUCUAUCCGUCUGUAUAUUUCUGUAGCUUUCAAUACAUGUUAUUGUUGGGGCUGUUUGCCUUGAGAAAUACAAUCAGAAAACAUCA